CUGGAGAGGAAGUGAGACUCGGCUGCUGAAAAGCACCAGCCAUGCAAAUGCUGUGAUGCCCAAACUCUCGGAGCUCCCCCGCAGCUCCAAAAAAACCAAACUCCAGGCGGUUCAGCGUUCCCGUAAAUAGCACGAGCUGGCAGAGUUCUGUCACCGCCACCAACGCCCCGGGCGUGCCAAGACGCUGGCACCGUCCGAGCGGCGCUGACAGAGCCGCGCCUGGCGCGUUUGCUCGGGAAGCCCAAAGCAAACAGGCGGCUGCGGCCCGGCGGCCCGCUAUUCCCGGGAUGGCCCGGGCCCGGGAGCGGGAGGGGCGCUGAGGGGAGCGCGGGAGGGGCGGCGCGGAGCCAGGGCGCCUGCGCGAGCAGGCGGGUGGGCGGCGGGCCGGGGGCCGCGGCGGGAGCGGGGCCGUGGUGCCGGGAGCGUGUCCUGUCCCUGUCCCUGUCCCUGCGGCACCGGGAACCACGCCGGGAGCGUGUCCGUGCCCCUGUGGCCCUGAGGGCAGUGGGAGGCGCGGGCCCCCUCGGGACUUCCAGGGAGUCCGUGUGUGUGGGGAGCCCCUCAUGGAGCAUCACAGGCGGGACUUGAGGCGCUGAUCGUGCAAGUUAAAGUCAUAUUUUGUGACAUUUGAAGAGCAAACAAUACUACGGCUCCAUGAAUUUCAAAACUGCAGGAAGUGUGGCAGCCCUCCCUACCUCCAGCUUUACUUCCCUACUGUGAGGUUCUUACUGGGAGCUGCAGUUUCAUCCCUGCUGGAUAUGCAGUGACCUGCUUCAUCAUCAGAGGAGAGGAAGCUGUUUGUGGAUCGGGGAAAGCCAUGGCCUUGGGCUGGAAUGUUUUUAACUUCUUCUAUAAGUUCAAAGUAUUGGUGCUUGUCACUUUAUUUGUGAUGGUGCUAUGGACCACAUUUGGUUACUUAGUGGACACCAGACAGGAAAUUCCUAAAGCUAAGAGCAUGGUGGAGUUUUUCUGGAAGGUAACUCACCUGGAGCACAGUCAAAAGGAAGAGAAGAUUGAAUCCACUGCAGAUGCUCCCAUGGUGGAGUCAUUUCAGGAUUCCUGCCCAGCUCUGUCUCCAUACCUGCGAGGUGCCAGCAAACUCUCCUUCAAACCAUCUGUUACACUGGAGGAGGUGCAAAAGGAGAACCCUCAGGUAGCCAAGGGCAGGUACCACCCUGUGGAGUGCUCAGCCCUGCAGCACGUGGCCAUCCUUAUCCCUCACCGCAACCGGGAGAAGCAUCUGCUGUACCUCCUGCAGCACCUGCACCCCUUCCUGCAAAGGCAGCAGCUGGAUUAUGGCAUCUAUGUCAUCCACCAGGCUGGCAACACCAAAUUUAAUCGAGCCAAACUGCUGAAUGUAGGAUACCUAGAGGCCCUAAAGGAAGCAAACUGGGACUGUUUCAUUUUCCAUGAUGUGGAUCUGGUGCCAGAAAAUGACUUUAACAUUUACAUGUGUGACACACAACCAAAGCACCUUGUAGUUGGCAGGAACAAUACUGGAUACAGGUUACGGUACCGGGGAUAUUUUGGAGGCGUAACUGCUCUUACAAGAGAUCAGUUUUCCAAAGUGAAUGGAUUCUCUAACAACUACUGGGGUUGGGGUGGAGAAGAUGAUGACCUUCGAAUCAGGGUUGAGAUGCAGAAGAUGAAAGUGGUGAGGCCGCCCGCUGAUGUGGCCAGGUACACCAUGAUCUUCCACAACCGUGACCAUGGUAACGAGGAGAAUCGAGAGAGGAUGAAGCUCCUCCGUCAGGUCUCUAGAACAUGGAACACAGACGGGCUGAAUUCCUGUUCCUAUCAACUGCUCUCUGUGGAACACAACCCACUGUACAUCAACAUCACGGUGGACUUCAGUGUGCAGCCCAAGGUCUCACAGGGGCCAGCACCUCCCAGGUUAUAGGAAUGGCAACAGAUCUCCUUUGUGGCUGCUGUUAGAGCAGAUGACUUCCAGCACCUGCCUGGGAGAGUCCUUCAGUAGCACAGGAGCAAGUAAAGUGCUCCUUCACAGCAUCUCAUUGGGUGGUUGAGAGUUUCCUUUUGUGAGGACUGGAGUUACACACUGACCCAAGGGACAGGUCCUCGUGUUCUUCUAUGCACUUUUUGCUGGGACAUUACAAAACGUGUCCUUGUUUGGGCUGGUCCAAGGACUUGAACCAAGUCCCUGAAAAAAUAUUUGGUUUUGCAACUCUUUCUAAAGUUAUUUUUGGUCUCAUUAAAAGCACAGUAAUUCUUCAAGAACUACAAACUUGAUGAGAAAAGUUAAUUUUUUUUGGCCUAAGGAAAAACUGCUUAUGUGUGAGAGAAGAGCAGUAAUGGUAAUGGGUAAAGAGAUGUUACAAAUUUCUCAAUAAAUGCAGUCCAUUGAACUUGAGAGUGUCUCAUCCUUCACACCACAGUGUCCCCUGCUGAGGGGCUGCUGC